AAUGCGUCGUGAAAGAAAACCAGAACUUUUUAGAUGGAAACGAUCUCUUAUCAAGAAACUGUUCAGCUGGCGGCGAAAGGUUGUUGAGAGAAAGCAGGACGAUUAUGUUUUCGAAGAGACGUCUGACAAAGAUGUUGAAUAUGCCACGUUUUCAGCUCAAUUUCCCCCUCCUGAAUGGGAACUUGAACAUUUGCAACGCUUCAUUCGACAAAACGGAAAUAGCUGCCCUAUUCACCUUAGAAAGUCAAAAACUCUCCCAAUGCCGGUUAGAGAGGAGAAUGUCUACGAAGAUGUUAUAGUAGAAGAAAAUCAAAAUCAAGGAGUAUUUGCUACGGAUAUUUCAAUUAAGUAUAAUGGAAAAUUCUUGAAAAAAAAUAACCCCCUUUCACGAUCGAAAGAAAAUGGGGUCAACUGUGUGGAAUUCGAUAAGGAUGCAGAACGGAGAGCUUCUAUACGUCGGCAGAAGAGAAAAGAAGAGAAACUAAGAAGAGAGGAAAGCGUGGAUCCUGACCCUCUCUAUUACCAAUGCUCCAAUUCGAGUGGUUAUCAUAGUCAACAAACGAGCUUUAGCGUUCAAUCGCCCGACGCAAAAAAAGAAAAAGUCAAAGAAGCAGAAGAAACGGUGAUGAAAAGAGAAGAGAACGGCAAUAGAAUGACCAGUUCGAGCUCUUGGUCUAGUUAUUCUAGUAUUAGUAAACAGACUGUGAAAGAAAAUCCCGAUUACCUAGAAAAACAACACCGCCUAGCUAACGAGCGAUUGAAGAGAGACGCUAGAAAUAGGUUUUCUAACGAUUUUCAAGUUGUUGGUGUUGUUUAG